GCUCUCUCUGCUCCACGAACACCGCUCGCUCGCGCACGCGGCACCAGAGAGCGCGAGACCUGGCAGCGGAGAGACCUCGGGGAGGGAGAAAAGGAGUGUGCUAGUGUAUGGAGAGAGCGAGAGAGAGAGAGAGAGAGAGAGAGAGAUUGGGAAAAGACUACACCACCUCUAUCCAUCAGCUGAGCAUCCUGCGGGAAGUCACUUCGAGCGCGCGAGCGGUCGGUGCGGCAUUUCACUCCGUCCGAGCAAAAUGGAUCAUUAAACAGCGCAGGAUGUGACUGAGGGACACAUAAGCAACUAAACUCUUAUUUUUUGCGCCUCCGGUCACCCUGGUUAUACCACAAAUAUUGUAUUCUUUCACGUGGGUUCUUGUUUGCCUUUCUUCAUUAAUGUGCGGAUUUUUCGGCGAACACUUUCGAAGUGAUGUCAGGAGGAAAUGUGACAAAUAUAGCCGAAUGAAUGAAAAGUUAAAAGAUUUUUCAUGGAUGGGGUCUAAUCUAAUGUCAAGCUGGUUGUGAAGGUGUUUGAUCUGGUCCCCUCGACCCCAUCCGGAGUCCCCAUGGCUGCAGGAGUAGCAGCCUGGCUCCCCUUCGCUCGGGCGGCGGCCAUAGGAUGGAUGCCCGUGGCCAACCUGCCUAUGCCUGUUGCACCAUCCAAUAAGAACAAGCGACAGGAUGAGCUUAUUAUCCUCAACGUCAGCGGGCGACGCUUCCAGACAUGGCGGAACACGCUGGACCGAUACCCCGAUACACUCCUGGGGAGCUCAGAGAAAGAGUUUUUUUUCAACGAGGAGACAAGGGAGUAUUUCUUUGACAGAGAUCCAGAUGUGUUCAGAAGUAUUCUUAACUUCUACCGCACAGGGAAGCUGCACUACCCACGUUACGAGUGCAUCUCUGCCUACGAUGAGGAGCUGGCGUUUUUUGGAAUCAUUCCUGAGAUCAUCAGCGACUGCUGUUAUGAAGAGUACAAGGACCGCAAGAGGGAGAACACUGAGCGUCUAAUGGAUGACCUUGAGGACAACAAAGACAGCAAACUCCCUAACAUGACUUUCCGUGAGACCAUGUGGAGGGCCUUUGAGAACCCGCACACUAGCACCAUGGCACUAGUUUUCUACUACGUAACCGGAUUCUUCAUCGCCCUGUCCGUCAUCACCAACGUGGUUGAGACGGUUCCUUGUGGUUAUAUGCCAAAUCAGAGGGACGUCCCUUGCGGGGAACGCUACACUGAGGCGUUUUUCUGCAUGGACACAGCUUGUGUUAUGAUCUUUACAGUGGAGUAUCUGAUGCGACUGUUUGCGGCGCCCAGCCGGUACCGCUUCAUGAGAAGCGUGAUGAGCAUUAUCGAUGUGGUUGCCAUUUUACCAUAUUACAUCGGGCUCGUCAUGACCAACAAUGAGGAUGUGAGCGGAGCCUUUGUCACACUACGGGUGUUCCGCGUCUUCCGGAUCUUUAAAUUCUCCCGCCACUCCCAGGGUCUCCGAAUCCUUGGCUACACACUGAAGAGCUGCGCCUCAGAGCUUGGCUUCCUCCUCUUCUCCCUCACCAUGGCCAUCAUUAUCUUUGCCACAGUCAUGUUCUAUGCUGAGAAAGGCUCAUCGUCCAGCAAGUUCACCAGCAUCCCGGCCUCCUUCUGGUACACCAUUGUAACCAUGACAACACUGGGGUAUGGAGACAUGGUCCCGAAGACCAUAGCAGGGAAGAUCUUUGGCUCCAUCUGUUCCCUCAGCGGGGUGCUGGUCAUCGCUCUGCCUGUUCCUGUCAUAGUUUCCAAUUUCAGCCGCAUCUACCAUCAGAACCAGAGAGCUGACAAGCGCAAGGCUCAGAAAGUUCAGAAAGCCAGACUGGCCCGAAUGAGAAUUUCCAAGAGUGGCAGCUCUACCGCCUUCCUGCAUAGCAAACGAAACGGACUCAACCAAUCACUGGAGCUAACGCAGCUCCCCUAUUACAAGAUGAAACUUUCACCACAGGGAUCCUUAGAAGAGGACCAGCAACUGAAAAAGACCACAUCUCUGUUGGAGAGUCAGCAUCACCAUCUUCUGCACUGCCUAGAGAAAACCACGAAUCAUGAGUUUGUGGACGAGCGUCUGUAUGAACAGGGCUAUUUGCAGACAGCACUGCAGAACUUCCCGUCGCAGAGCCCGUCUCUCUCCAGUGAAGAGGGCAUCACAGGCACCUGCUGCUCUCGAAGACCCAAGAAGAACAUUCAGCCUCUCAAUGCCACACACACGCACUCACACACACACAAUCUGCAGGAGCUCAGCGCAUUGCACAUCCAGUGUGGGGAGCAGCAACCACUGAACACCAGUCGUUCCAGUCUCAAUCUGAUGUCGGAUGAAUCAGGGAGUCUGAACUGCAAGAGCAGUGGACUGGUUACAACGGCCAUCAUCAGUAUCCCGACUCCUCCCUCAAACAACUCUCGAGCCAGUCCCGACGCCCCGUCCCCUCCCAACCCAGAAGCCCCACCUCUUCUGAACCCCAGCAGCACUGAUGUGGUCAAAAUCUCUGCGCUGUAGGAGCAAACAGAACUCAGGAAGAGAAACCGAAGAGUAGCCUGCCCCCUAGUGGGAGAGGAGGUGCACUGACUCAGACUCUCGAAAUAGAAGAAGAAUAUCAAAGGAUGCGACUGUGUAAAUGAGAGAGACGACCAUGAGUAUUCAAUCACUCUCCAUCAGGACUGAUAAAGAUGAGGGUGUCAUUGCAGUGUCACUGUGCAUAGAACAUUCCUCCUCCUUUUCCCUUACUAGUUUUCUGGUGGGUCAUACUGUUUAUAAAUCGUGGAAAAGAUUAAUGUUUUAACUACAGAUGAAGGCAAGAGGUCAAGCUUUUGUUUUCAUCAGAGAGUCUUGUUUUGUUUUUUUAUCCGUCCGUUAAUCUGUUCCAACAUCACAGACAGCCUCUCAAAGCCUCGGCUUACUUUAUCCCAAUUAUGUUAUGUUUUGAUCUAAAGUAAUUCUCAAAGGAUAAGAGGGGAAAAUCUGCUUUAGAGUCUGGGGGAGACUGUACGAGUGUUUCUUAGAUCGUGCUAAGUUUUUAUUUUUGGAAUAUGAGGUCAAGAGUUGCGUCUAACUUGAAUGUUUCUGCCCCAAGUGAGUGUGUGUGCGUGCGAGUUACUGAAUUUGCCCCUCAAACUCUCAGCCUCUCACACAGUUCGUGCCUCUCAGGGGGAGGAGAGUUUCCUUCUUCUUUAAGCCACUGUCUCUCCCUGAGUCCAAAACGUUGAGCCGACUUUGUAACGUUAGUUGUGACCUAUCAAACAUUACUAUGUAAUAUAGAACCAAAAAAAUUGAAAAAGAAAAAAAAAAGAUAGAGAAAGAAACAUGAAAGUGUUUUUAAAACUCUGUGACUACAAGCACAAGGCGUUGCUGAGAUUUUGUGACUACAAUGUGUAUCAAGCCUUGGUUUAACUGUGAAUAUUGUUGAUAGAAUAUUUUGUAAUAUUUAGCCAUCGUUUGGCGAAACCAGAGCAGCUGCCUACCCCGCCCCCUUUUUCGUCCAGCCCGCCCCUUUAUGUCUGCCCCGCCCCUUUCCUCUGUCCACUGCUGGCCUGCUUCCUGUAGUUGUUCUGAUCUAAGUGUUAUUGUCAUUAUCGCUCAAUGGGUAUUAAAAAAUGUGUCUAGUUUGCGUAAAAACUACAUGGGUAGGAAACUUUUGGUGUUUGUGUUUUUUCAUUAACAGUGAAUGUUUUCGUUAACUCUAGAUUUUCAGUCAUGCGUUGCUGUUAGAGGAGAAACUGUUGACUGUUUGAACCAAUUAGAGAUAUUUGCCACCUCUCUUCUCUCCCUCUAAACUCCGUCCUUUUUUGUCUGUCUUUUUUUUUUUGUCAGCCAUGUUAAAGAGUUGGUUCACUCCAAAAUUAAAAUUCUGUCAUCUUUAAGGGGUAGGGUUAGGGAUGAAAAAUGUGAUAACACCUAUUAUUACUUGGCUGUCUGGAAUACUUGAUUUUGAUUGGUCAGUCAUGACAUUCCAGGGUAUGUUAUUGCAGAUAUCAACCACUAAAAAUAAUUACACAGUCUCAUUCGGGUACUUCGAAUCAUCUUUAAGGCUGAUUUAUAUUUCUGCAUUGAGUGAUCGGCGUGACACACAGCACCUGCCUUGCGCGUAGUGGUGCAUUUAUACUUCUGCAUGCUAUUUGUGUAGCUCUGCAAUAAAACUUCCAAAACGCUAGCUGGCAGUAGGUUUUUAUGUUCCUUUGUGUUGUUUAUUCAGAGGCGUUCUGUUUUUUAUUAACGCUACAAGUAUCUCAAACUCUCUCAUUCUGAGGCCUAAACAGGUGAAGGUGCAACAACCAUAAGGUAAACACAAGACAAAAGUUUCCAUUUGGAGCUCCUCCACGGGACUCGACAGUCAUAAACAAUUACUUCAUCGGGCCCACAGCUCUCAGCUUCCCACCCACGUUCGUCACUGCUACCAAGCCAGAGCUUGCAGAGUUUGCACUACGCGUAGUUACAACAUGUAGUUAAAUUUUUUUGAGAGGUGCAUGUCAGCGUCAGCGUCGGCGUCAGCCAUAACGAGGGCUAUGCGACAGAAGUAUGAAUCAGCCUUUACUGUCAGCGAAUACUUUCACAUCUACAUUAGAUUGAUUGUAUGUCAUGCCUCGGUUUUUAAUUGGUUGGUGCCAUCUUGUGAUUGUGUGCGCCAUUCAACUGUUUUCGUCCCAGUCAGUUCUGAGUUUAAUUAAAAAUUGACAAACUACUAUGGCUCAGAACAAAUUUUUACAUUUGUAACAAGCGGCCAUGUAAUAAGUUUUAUUAUUAAGCUAUGAUUUGCGUCAGGCUGCUGGUAAGCCUCUCUGGCUUUAUUCUGCGAUAACAACCACCUGGAUGUACUUUAUCCCUUACAUAUAUUCAAACCAAUUGCAGAUUUAUGAUGAUAAAUAGAAAUCUUGAUACAAUUUUAACUGAAUUAAUUUUAAAACCUUAAAAGCAGAAAAUUAGGCAACUGCGAAGAGACCUCCAGGUCCUUCUUUUUGCUAAAAUAUUUACAAAUGUAGCUUUAAUUUAUCAGGACUAGAUUUUUCCUCAUUAUACCAAUAACUGUUAUGUUAAAAAUAACGAUAUAUCACCUGAUACCAAUAUGGUGAACGAUUGUGCAUCCCUGAAUUUUUUUUCCUAUCACAACUCGCAUAUCAAUGAAUAUGUAAAUAUGUGUUGUAUGGUAAAAAAAAAAUAAGGAUGUGGAUGCAUGCACAAAUGAAGGUACUUUUUCAAAUGAAUUAAAAUUAUGUUCACCCAAAACUCUUUGAUUCUUCAAAUCGUUUGUUAAGUAAUCAAAAAAUAAGCCCAUAUUAAUAAAACUGUUUUUUUCAAGUCAUUUGAAAAGACAAAAUAGUUUUUAUGGCCUCACUGGUCCUUGUUAAAACAUGCCAUUUCACACACAAUAUUGUAAUUCAUUGGUUCUUGUUCAUCAACUAAUCAUACUUGAUUAGUCGUACUUGUCCAUGACCAAAUCUGAAUGCUGUAAACUUUAUCAUCAAAAUUUAUGUGAAUGAACUCUUAUAUUAAACCUGUUCAUCAUACAAAGUGACAAUGUCUUUAAAACACUGGGAUUAAACCAAUUCAAAUCAAAUUCAAAAGGAUUUAUUUUUGAUCUCCAUACAAUCAUUUAAAUCAUCAGAGCUUUGGGUGAACAGAUUUCCAGAGGAUGUACAGAUAUCUCCCAGAUGUGAUGAAAAAUACUGUCAUUUGUGUUCCUUAACAUUUUUUCAAAAACGAUAACGACCAAAUUUAUUUUUCAGGGUGAACGAACCCUUGAAAGACAUUGCCAGUGAGAAAGCUUAUUAAAUUUGUAAGUCGUAGUGGAAAGUCCCCGUUUUGUCUGUGUUGUGUCGUUUACAAUCCUGUUCUCAAAACUGCCAGCAUUCAACCGCAUGAGUUCCACGUUUUUGUACCAUUAAACCCCUAUCCCAAGACAACACCCCACCCACCCCUUCAAACCCCACUCACUUGUGCCUCUUACACCAGCAGACAUAAUAAGUGACCCCGUUCCCCUCAGGACGAUAAAACUCCAGGGCCACCGAGUUUUAGUGUUCACUGCUAUUAAAAACACCUCACAAUGAUACAUUCAAUUUUACUUUGACCCUUUUUAGAUAGAAUAAGCCAUAUUUUUCAGAAAUAAAAUACACAUUACUUAACAGAUAAAUAACCUAUACUUGAACUUUAAAGCCGAAGUGGAUGUCCAGUUACACAAAUAUGACAACAUAUGUCGGACAGGACUUCAGUAUUACAGGGAAAAGCACAUAUGUGAUAUUUAGGAAUAUCAGGGUAUCCGGCCCAUUCUUAUAUAUGAUAUAAACGACAAUAUACCUUGAUUGCCCAUAUGUGUUCAUAUGAUGAUUAUCCUCCUCUGUUGUACAUACAAUCCAUAACGAUCCUCUUUUAUGGUCCAAAAUGGUUCCUAUGUGAUUUACUGAUUUUUCAAAAGUGUAUAUAGUAUAUGGGAGAGAUCUAUUGUUUAGCUAUUCCGAAAGGAAGGUGUGGCCAAUAUAUCCUAAAUUUGACGAUAAUAAAUGUUGAGUGUUGGAUCACCUGUGGUCACAGGCGAGCAGUAAUGUUUUCUUUUUUUUUUUCCUGUUUACUUUGUCCAUUCCUCCAGCCCAGCAGGGGACACUACAGAACCAUCAAUGUAACCGAAGUCAAUCUCCAAAUCCCAUCAGCUUUGUAAUCGUUCAUUCGUGCGGUCCCUUCAGAUGACUCAACUGGUUGUUUUUUGAAUAUAUUACCAAGUGGAGAUCUGUAUGUGCACAUCUACAUACCUGUCGAGGGUCUUCUUUCUUCCUCUGUGUGUCUGUGCUUGUUUAACUCUUUUACUCUCUUCGCUUCGGUUUCUUUGAGAUAGUCAUGUUGUUUCCGCAGAUUCCUGUUCACUGUCAGAUGUUAAAUAUUAUUUAUGAUCUUGUCUUGUGUCACAGUUGUGAAACGCCUGAUAAAUGAAUUAUAUCUGCCACAAAUC